AAAGAGAGUUUGGGCCCAGGGGUCCACUGCUACCCAGGUCGUGGAGACCAGCAGUGGCCCCGAAUGCCAGACGGGACACUCUCACUUUUAUUGAGUUGCAAAUCUGGGGGCAAGGUAGGUAGGAUGUGGCGGCCUUGGUGGUCAGAGACUGGGGGCAGGGUGGAUAGUACGUGGCAGUGAUAGGGUCAAGUACAUCAUGUGUCAUUCAGGUAGAGGCUCAGGAAUUUCUGGCCCCCAAAGUGAGGCAAGAAGCAUAAUUCAUCAGCGUCUUUUCCAUACUUACCAAGAAAGAACUAAAACAUUAAGAUUUAUAUGACUGUUACUGAUUAUCUUUCCUAAGAAAAAAAGAAGCCAGGUGCAGAAGCAGAACAUGAGAGUGGACCUGGUAUGUGACCGCUGAAGCACAGCAUCACACAGAGAGAGUUAAGCCCCUGAUGUCUGUGGGCCUCCUGGCAACUGUCAGGCGUUACCACAAGAGCUUGGAGAAGUGGAGUUUUCUCCUAACUUCCCCAGGAAGGAGACAUCUCAGCCAUCUUGGACAUCUCCUUCCCUAGCUGGCUAAACAGUGGGCGCUUUCACAGCACUGGAGCUGCCGCACGGCCGAGGUGCCCUCCAGCAGCCCUUCCUAGGCGUGACAGAGGGCUUAGAGCAUCUUGCCUUAGUGUCAUUCAUUUCACAAUGUCACCCCAGGUUCACACUUCCGACCUGAUAGGCAUUAGUAAAAGAAUUAAGAUCACCUAUAAAUAACUAAGAUCACCUAUGAAUAACUAAUAACUACUAUGGUUAUAUUUCUAGUUACUUUCUUCUUCAUUAUUUAUAUGGAAAUAGGCUGAGGUAUUUCGCUCCUGCCUUGGCGGUCAUAGAUCCCCAUCCCUUAAGCCUGGGCAGACUUGUCUGACUGACUUGACCCCAGAGUCUGGCAAGAGUGGCACUAUAUGACUUCUGAGCUAGGUCAUAAAAAUACCACACACGUCGCCCACCUUGUUGUCUUGGAAGGCUACCCUUGGAACCCAACUGCCAUACUGCAAGGAAGCCUCGGUUGCAUGUAGAAGCCACAUGUAGGUGUGCUGCCUAACAGCCACACGUGAGGUCCUGGCCCGCCACCAGCAUCAGUCACCGAAGAUAUGAGGGAGAAAACUUUGAGGAUGGCUCCAGCCCCAGCCACCAUCUAGCAGGAACUGCAGGAGAGAUCCUAAAUGCAAACUACCUAGCUGAGCCUAGGUAACACCAGACUGCAGAACAUCAUAAAAUAAUCAUGUUAUUCGAAGCCACUGAGGUUAGGUGGCAAGAGAUAAACAGACAUACAACGCCUCUUUGGAAAGGAUGAGGAAUCAGCAUCCUCAAAGGGAAACGGGAGGCCCACUUGACUGCAGUGUGGGAGCUCGGUGUAACGGAGGGCAAGGGAGGAAUGGAGGUGCCAGGUGUGGACCAUGCUGGGACACCAGCCCGGUCACCUUCCUAGGACCCCUCAAUGCCUUCUCUUCUCCUGUCAGUCAAUGCUGCAACCACUAAGUUCAUCCUUCCACUUUCACACUUACAGUGCGGGGAAGGCUGAAUAAUGCAGGCACCAUUGGUCCCGAGGGCGUGGCUUCGGAAUUCCUCCUUCAGCGGGCGCCCACUUCUUGGCACCCGUGGCACAGCUCCGGGAACGGCCGCGGGCCUAGCCCCCGCUUCCCCGACAGAGCCGCUGCAGCUCCCCGGAGACAGAAGCAGAGCCGGACCGCCGAAAACCGUAGAUCCUGGGAGGUCGGGGCCGCGGGUAGCUGUAGUUUCCCGGGACCGGAAGUGGCAACGGACCGCCGGAAAUCUUAGAUCCGGGGACCUCGGGGCGGCGGUUAGCUGUAGUUUCCCGGGACCAGAAGUGGCAACGGACCGCCGAAAACCAUAGAUCCGGGGAAGUCGGGGCCGCGGGGAGUUGCAGUUCCGCGGACCCGGAAGUGACAGAGGACCACCGGAAACCGUAGAUCCGGGGAAGUCGUAGCCGCCUGGAGCUCUAGUUCUCCAGUUCUCCAGCGGCUCAGAGAACUAAGCCGAGAGGGAGUUGGCGGCCGGGCGGAAUGGCGGGGCUGGAGCUCUUAUCGGACCAGGGCUACCGGGUGGACGGGCGGCGCGCCGGGGAGCUGCGCAAAAUCCAGGCGCGGAUGGGCGUGUUCGCGCAGGCUGACGGCUCGGCCUACAUCGAGCAGGGCAACACCAAGGCGCUGGCGGUGGUCUACGGCCCGCACGAGAUCCGGGGCUCGCGGGCUCGAGCCCUGCCAGACAGGGCCCUAGUGAACUGUCAAUAUAGUUCAGCGACCUUCAGCACCGGUGAGCGCAAGCGACGGCCACAUGGGGACCGUAAGUCCUGUGAGAUGGGCCUACAACUCCGCCAGACUUUCGAAGCAGCCAUCCUCACACAGCUGCACCCACGCUCCCAGAUUGAUAUCUAUGUGCAGGUGCUACAGGCAGAUGGUGGGACUUACGCAGCGUGUGUGAAUGCAGCCACGCUGGCAGUGCUGGAUGCUGGCAUACCCAUGAGAGACUUUGUGUGUGCGUGCUCAGCUGGCUUCGUGGACGGCACAGCCCUGGCAGACCUCAGCCAUGUGGAGGAAGCAGCUGGUGGCCCCCAGCUGGCCCUGGCCCUGCUGCCAGCUUCAGGCCAGAUUGCGCUGCUUGAGAUGGAUGCCCGGCUGCAUGAGGACCACCUGGAGCAGGUGUUGGAGGCUGCUGCCCAGGCUGCUCAAGAUGUGCACAUCCUCUUGGACCGAGUUGUCCGGCAGCAUAUCUGGCCAAGCCCUGACUACCCGCUCCUGCAGUCUGGACCCUGGGGCUGCUUCUCCCCUAAUAUUCCAAGGGUCUCCUGGCACAGACAGGGAUGGUAUGCUCCCCACUUUAUGCUGCGCACACCCCAGCUCCAGUAGUGCCAUCAGCAUCUUUGCAGUCAUCUGACUCGAAACCUUGGUGCUGGGCUCACGCUGUGACUCCACUGGGACGUCCUGAGUCACUAACAUGCUUGGCAUCCGGCCUUCCACCCCCUGCCCGGCUCAUCGCCUCUGACUCCUGCGGGCCUUCCAGCCGUCCCCUGACCAGCUCGGGCAUCUCUGCU